AUGGCUUCUCCUUCUUCUUCUUCUUCUACUACUACUACUACAGCUAGUAUGGGAAAGCGAGCUUUGAUCUUCUUGGUUGUAUUGGGUUGGGUAGUGAACGUUAUGGGCAAUGAGAGUUGGGUGAAGGUAGGAAGAGAGAGCGGGAAGAAGCUAGUGUUUAAUUCUGGCACACUAAGGGUUGAGGAUUGUGCAGGGAAAGGUAGAAAGGGACGAGGAGGAGGUGGUGGGAUUGGUGGCGGUGGUGGAGUCGGCGGUGGAAUAGGUGGGAUUGGUGGAGGUGGUGGAGUUGGCGGUGGCGGUGGCGUUGGCGGAGGUAUUGGUGGUGGAAUAGGCGGUGGGAUUGGUGGUGGCGGUGGCGUUGGCGGAGGUGUUGGUGGUGGAAUAGGCGGUGGGAUUGGUGGUGGCGGUGGCAUUGGCGGAGGUGUUGGUGGUGGAAUAGGCGGUGGGAUUGGUGGUGGCGGUGGCGUUGGCGGAGGUGUUGGUGGUGGAAUAGGCGGUGGGAUUGGUGGUGGCGGUGGCAUUGGCGGAGGUGUUGGUGGUGGAAUAGGCGGUGGGAUUGGUGGUGGCGGUGGCGUUGGCGGAGGUGUUGGUGGUGGAAUAGGCGGUGGGAUUGGUGGUGGCGGUGGCAUUGGCGGAGGUGUUGGUGGUGGAAUAGGCGGUGGGAUUGGUGGUGGCGGCGGUGGUGGUGGGAUGGGCGUGGGCGCAGGGGGUGGCGGUGGGAUUGGGAUCGGCGGUGGAGGUGGCGGCGGGAUCGGUGUCGGUGGCGGAGUCGGUGCGGGGGUUGGGAUCGGCGUAGGCGGGGGCGGCGGGGAUGGAAUUGGCGGCGUAGCUGGUGGUGCAGGUGGUGGUAUUGGCGGUGGUGGCGGAGGCGGCAUCGGUGGUGGUAUUGGUGGUGGUGCAGGAGGUGGCAUUGGUGGUGGUAUUGGCAGUGGAGCCGGCGGAGGAAUUGGCGGAGGCAGCGGGGCGGGAGGCGGUAUUGGUGGUGGAGCCGGAGGUGGAAUUGGUGCAGGCGGUGGUGCAGGUGGUGGUAUUGGCGGAGGUGGUGGCGCAGGAGGUGGUAUUGGUGGCGGAGCCGGAGGUGGCGUAGGUGGUGGUAUUGGUGGUGGAGCCGGAGGUGGGUUCGGCGGCGGAGGUGGCGCAGGUGGUGGUAUUGGUGGCGGAGCCGGAGGUGGAUUCGGCGGAGGAGGUGGUGCAGGUGGUGGUAUUGGUGGCGGAGCAGGCGGUGGGUUCGGCGGAGGUGGUGGAUUCGGUGAUGGCGUUGGGGGCACCGGAGCCGGAGGCGGAUUAGGUGAGGGAGGUGGCGGUGGUUUACGCGGAAUCGGUGUAGGUCGCCAUGGAAUAGUAAGUGGUAUUAAGAACCAUCACAAAGGAAAAGGAUGGAAAGGCAACAUAGGUGGUGGGUUCAAUUCUCCUUCUAAUAGGAAGAGACUUGAGCUUAAGAAGCCUUAA